CUAAAACGUCUCAUCCGAAAGACGGUGCGCUAUUGUAGUUUCAGCCUCCAACUGAAACACAAGGAGAGGCAGCGAUGGGAAUUGAACCAGGGACUUAGAGAUCUCAACGGUUCAGCGCACAAACAGUGGCUACCACCAGAUUAGCUGACUGAACCUUAACCCGUUUGUGUUUUUGAAAGUGAUUUAAAAACAAAUUAGCAAUCAUCUGUGAUAAGUUAUCCCUCCCUCAAAGGGGUUUUACUCAAGGGUUCUGAUUAGAGACCCUGUAAUUGUUUAUGGUUAAUAAUGAUAAUUGGAGUACUACACUCGGUGAACGCUCGUUCCCCUCUCCUAGACAAAUCGAUGCCGUUUUUCUCGAUUGCAUUAAGGCAUUUCUCUUCUACCCUUUUCUAAAAGAACUUCAUGGAUUUAGUAUUUGUGGCUCUACCGAUAUAUUUUUCUUGCUGGAGCGUAGUGGAAAGGGCGUCUUUAGGGGGUCUUUUUACCCAGUAUGUCAUGAAUUGUCUAGGGGUUCCCCAAGGAUCGGUACUAGAGCCCAUAAUUUGUCUGUAAAGAGCCUCGAUUCCUCGCUCGCUAUCUGUGUUACGAUAUACGAAGAUGACACCCUCUGUACAAUUAGAUCUGCUAAUAAUGUGUGUCCUAAAUAAAGACAGAUAUUGUCCUGAUCAAAAGAUAUAAGUACCUUGUGGUCACAAUCUAUACUAAACUUAAUAGGGGACCAUGAAAAAUAAAGCAUCCUCUCUUCAUUUUAUUAUGAGAAAAAUUGGAUCCUGUAAUCCUAAACUUAUUAUUAUAUUGGAAUAUGAGCCUUCGUGAUGCCUCUACAAUACAAUGGGGAUAUUGAAAAAAAAAGAGUCACAAGAUUACGUUUUCCCCAGUCUAAUUUUAUUUCAAUAUACUGUUCCAUACAAAAUCUGUCUUCAACAUCGACGAUUGAUGAUCCUUGAAAAUAAGAUUUAAGUUUUUAGGGAUUACCGUACAUUAAUUGCUAAGGAUAAGAAAGUUAAUAUAUGUACAGAGAGUCAUAUUUCUAUAUAAGUCUCCUAGAGGGUGUCCAGGUGGAAAAGUAAAAAUCACUUGUAAUACAAUGAAGUUUUUAACACAUGUAUAUUAUACUUACUGUUCAAUUUUAGUUUCAAUUAUAUUUUUUCCAUUAUCUCUGUUGGCUUUUAGAAGGUUGGAAAAUCACUCAAAAGUUGAUUCAAUUCAUUUUUUUGUUUAUACCUUGUAGGCCUACCGCCUAAAAGCACUCUUUUGUUGUAAUGUUCUUAUACUGUGUUACAAACACGAUAUAAAUGAAAUGAAAUGAGUUCCAUUGACCAUAAUUGCAUUUUUAUCUAUGCCUAUCAUAUUUUUAUUGUGAUGUUUUACCGGCAUAUAAUGUUUUAAUUCAAAAUGUUAAUGUGUAUUUAUUAUAUUACCAGUAUUGAUGUAUAUCUGUACAUAUAAUGUUUUAAUUCUAAUUAAGUUUUAAUGUGUAUUUUAUACUUUUUUAAUCGCAUUUUAUAUUUAGUUUAGUAUUACAAGUAUCUAGGCCUAAGAUGUUUUAACUAAGGUUUAAUGCGUAUUUUAUUUAGAUUUAUGUACAUUAUUACCGGUAGUUUAAGGACACGGUCUUGCUGAAAAACAACUUUUGAAUUUCUGUUGAGACAAGUUUUACCGUGAAUAAAGAAAUUAUUAUUAUUAUUAUUAUUAUUAUUAUUAUUAUUAUUAUUAUUAUUAUUAUUAUUAUUAUUAUUAUUAUUAUUACUAUUAUUAUUAUAAACGCGCAUUAUUGUAGAAGUCGCAAUAGAAAAACGAAACUACUAUACCAUUACCUUAUUGUAGCCUAUCUAUAAAUAAAAAUGUCUUUUAUGACGCAUGCUCGAGUCCUAUUGAUUAUGAGAUUAUAAAGCAAAAGCCCACAGUCUUCGUAAUACUGUAUUUACUUCCUUGUUUUGUUCCUCAUUCUAUUAAGAGGAUUGUUUGUCGUACAAAAAAUAGGGGCCUAAGUGUGUAACCUGUUUUCGCAAAAAUACAUCAACAAUUAUAGAGUUUCACUUGUUAUCUUGCAUUAAUGCUUUUAUACCACUAGUGAACAACAUCUUCAGUUUGGUUUGCUAAAUAUAUCUCCGUUCCAAUACUUCAAAAUCGAAACAAAUGAUUUAGUAGGCCUAUCACCUCGAAUGUGUAUAUACCUAUGUUAACGGUGGCAUUUUAGCAGUGCAUAAUCAGGAUGUAUCGAAGAGGAAGCGAAACAACCAUGGUACGGCGACUUACAUUGCUAGUAACGAUCUUGUUUGUAUUUGCAUAUUCUACUACAAAGGUAUGGAGCUGCAAUAACCAGACUGGCAAUAACACCGUAUUGUAUUGCCCUCCUGGAUUCACUGAUGAAAUAUGUACAUGUAAGAGCUUUACUGCUGAGUGCAAUGAGAAAAUAUUUGAUAAAGGCCUGUCUCUACUGCCUUGCUAUAUAAAAAAAUUGAUUGUCAGGAAGAGCAAACUAAGAGGAUUAGGGAACAAUACAUUUCAACUACCUAUGUUGGAAUAUUUGGAUUUAUCCUACAAUAAAUUGAGCACAAACUGUAUUGGUGAAGACGCGUUCAAAAACCUUACAAGGUUGAUGACCUUAAAUAUCCGUGACAAUACAGCAAUAUUGAAAUUAAAAAAGGAGUGGUUUAAUGAUUUGUACUCGUUAACAACAUUUUAUGCUAGGAAUUGUAAGAUAAGGAAGAUUAAUUACAAUAUAUUUGAAAACAGCGCAAACUUAACAUAUGUUGAUCUUGCCAAUAACAAACUAUAUUACCUACAUGAAGGACUAUUCAAAGAUUUAGCAUAUCUAAAAAUGGUAAAUUUAAAAGGUAACUCACUUUUUACACUUCAUGAAAACGCAUUCAGUGGUUCUUUUGAAUUGCAGUCGAUAAUCCUUAGUCAAAAUAAAUUUACAGCAUUGAGGGAGAGUUUUGGAAUUCAAGAUGUUCACGGAUUAGUGAAAUUAGACCUACGAGAGAACCCGAUCGCGUGCGAUUGUGACAUACGAUGGUUCCACGCCUGGUUACAGUAUACGAACGUGACCGUUAAGGCAUCUUGCUACUGGUCUUCCGACUUGAUUGGUCCACAAGUAAAGGAGUUUGACACGAAUACUCUCCAUUGUACAAUUCAGGUUUGGGUGGUCGUAAUUUCGGCAGUGUCGCUCUGUUUGCUGAUAUUAGUUGUUGUGCUGCUGUAUCGGUUAAACAUAAGAAAAAUCUAUCACAGAUUCAGCCUCAGGCGGCAUUACAAACAAGUAUCGUAAUAACGGGACAAUACUAUAAAACAAGCGUUCUGAUUGGAUGGUAUCAAUCAUUUGCAUGUCGUUCUGAUUGGGUAGCGCAACAACAGUUUUUCUGAUUGCAGAUUGGAUACCAUUAUACGACAAUUCUGCCCCCCCC